GACGUCACGCAAACAGUACUCUGAAACCGGAAGAGAGGAAAUCACACCGUUAUCUCGGGAUAUUUACAUUUCCGAAAGCGAAGAUGAAUCCUCCAGUUAUCAACUCUAAUAAUUCAGUGACAACUUCUACCAAAAAAAAACGAGAGGCUGAGCGCUCUGUCAACUGGACGGUUGAGGAGACCCAGGUGUUGCUGUGUGCCUGGAGUGACGAGCGUGUUCAGAAGAGCCUGGCUGAGAAUGUCCGUAACCGACACGUCUUCAAACACCUGUCAGCCCGCAUGUGCGACCUGGGCUUCUCACGCAGCCCCCACCAAUGCCGGCUCAGAGUCAAGACUCUCAAGGCCAACUAUGUCCGAGCCAAACUGCUGAAGAGCGUGGAUGACUCCCAGCCCUGCAGUUUCAGGUACUACGCUGAGAUGGAUGCCGUGCUGGGUAGAAACCGUGCUGUGGAGGGGACAGGAGGAGGACAUUUUGGAUCUACUGAAGGCAUAGGAGGUCUAGGAGGGUGCCAUUUUGGAUCUCAUGAAGGCAUCGGAGGAUUAGGAGGGUGUCAUUUUGGAUCUCCUGAAGGCAUAGGAGGAUUAGGAGGACACCAUUUUGGGUCAGAAGGGAUAGUCGGAACAGGGCAUCAUUUUGGAUCUGAGGGGGCGGGAGGACUUGGAGGGGGGCGUCAUUUUGGAUCCCCUGGAGAAACAGGAGGACGGCAAUCACGGUAUCUGGUUUCUGAAGUGAAGGUGGAGGAGGAGGACAGAGAGGCAGAGGACACGGAUGAGUACGAGUUCAACGGAGUAGGAAUCCCUCCUCGGUCACUGACGGGCCCUGGUGGAACUCGGCAGGACACUUUCGUAGAACGCAGUGACGACUACCAUGAACCUGUUGUGGAUCUAUUGGAGGACGACCUCAGCUCCAGGUCCCCCUCCCCACCUGCCCCACCACCUCCACACCAGCCUGGCUCCCCUGUCCCUCUGCCCGUUGGGUCUAGCCCCAACACGGGCAGUGGCACCACCCUGCCUUCCACCCACCCCCAGGCCAACCCCCAGUCCCUGGAGCCUGCCCUGAAGCACCUGGCCGACUGCUUCCAGAGAAUGGUGUCCGAGUCCCAGGGUCUACUGGUGCAGCUGGAGAGCCAAAGACAGGAGCAGGCUCGCUGGCAGCAGGACCUGUUGUCCCGGUGGCUGGAGAAGGAGGACCGGCGCCAGAGGGAGGCGGCGGACCGGGAGGACCGCCGGGAGCGGGCUCGUAUGGAGCACGAGAUACGGGUGCUGACGCUCCUCAGCGACCUGGCCCAGAACCAGCAGAGACAGAACCAGACGCCGCGCCAAAGCUGCUGCCACCGCUGUAGUGGGAUGGCGGCGGCGGCCGGUGUCUGCGGGGCUGCAGAGGGGGGUGCUGAGGUCAACCCUGGGAUGGCUGCCAGGCUAGAUGACGGCGCUAAGGACAAAGACAGGACCGAAUCAGAUGCCUUAUAGAAGAAUAACACAACGAGCGAGAAGCCGACCCGGGUCCAGCGCAUCCGCCUGUUUUGAUGUUGCAGGGGUGUUUUUUUUGGGUAUCUCUGAGAGAUCUAACAAUUCUCCACCUCUAAAUCCCGGGCACGUGCGGUGCGCCCGCAACCAGGACAAGAACCUGGGUCGUCAUGACACAUUUGCACUGCGUUUCAGGCUGUUGUGUUGACCUGGGUCUGUGUUGGGGGGGAGACCUUUUCAAGACCUUUUGCUCCCAGAAAGGUCUUUGAUGUUGUCACACGGUAUGUUUAUGUCUGUGCCUGUGUUGGUUGUGCUGGAGUGUGUGGCGCAUAUGAAAUUUACGCGCAUUGUUCAUUUUUUAUUUACCAUGAAGUGGUGUAAUCCACUGAUGUUGGAUAGACCCACGAAAUAUUCUGCAAUUGUUCUAUUCACCUUUUUACAAUCGACUUGAUCGUCAAUUUCACCAAUAAAAUGUAUUGGUAUGUA